CUAGGUGCCUGCUUUGGCCCUGUAUCCUGUGGGGUUCGUCCUCGGGUGCUCAAUGUCCAGGACAGACACAGGCCAGUAGGAUUGGCAUCGGAGUCCGGUGUGAGCGGGGAAACAAUAGAGUAAGUCAGGGAGCUAGGAAAAGGAAGGGCCAGCCCAGGUGUCGCGGGAGGACAGGACUUCCAGAAGCAGGUGACAUCCAAAGGGUCCUGAAGUCUAAAUACAAACUAGGAAGGGCCGGGGCCUGAGCCUGGGUAGAUUAGGGUCUCCGUGCCAUGGUGAAACUCACAGUUCUGCUGAGGAAAGGCGACUGCAAGGCAGAAAGAGAUGGAGGUAGGCUGAACAGUCAGCAAAGUCUUCCUGGAAGAAGGCCCAGGAUGCUGGUGCUGCAAGCCGCUCUCCUGCUGUUAGCCCUGCCCAGCCACGCUGAGGAAACCCCUACUGAGGAGCCAGGAGCCCUGCUUCCGCCACCCAAGGGGCCCUGCUCAGGGUGGAUGGCAGGCAUCCCAGGGCAUCCUGGCCACAACGGGAUCCCAGGCCGAGAUGGCAGAGAUGGCGCCCCUGGAGAGAAGGGUGAGAAGGGAGACGCAGGUCUUAUUGGUCCUAAAGGUGACACUGGUGAAACUGGAGUGAUUGGGGCUGAAGGACCCCGAGGUUUUCCAGGCAUCCCAGGCAGGAAAGGAGAACGUGGAGAAGGUGCUUACGUGCACCGCUCAGCAUUCAGUGUGGGGCUGGAGACCCGUGUCACUGUCCCCAAUGUGCCCAUUCGCUUUACCAAGAUCUUCUAUAAUCAGCAGAACCACUAUGAUGGCACCACCGGCAAAUUCCACUGUAGCAUUCCUGGACUGUACUACUUCUCCUACCACAUCACAGUCUAUCUGAAAGAUGUGAAGGUCAGCCUCUUCAGGAAUGACAAGGCUGAGCUCUUCACCUACGACCAGUACCAGGAGAAGAAUGUGGACCAGGCCUCUGGCUCUGUGCUCCUCCAUUUGGGUGUUGGUGACCAAGUCUGGCUUCAAGUGUAUGGUAAUGGAGACCACAGUGGACUCUAUGCAGAUAAUGUCAACGAUUCUACUUUCAUGGGCUUCCUUCUGUACCAUGAUAUCGUCGAGUCCUCCUAACGUAGAGCUCCAUCAGACCACAUGGCCCAGAAGUCAGUUAAAGCUUUCAGUCAACAAGCCUUCAGCAUAGAUAAGAGAUUGAUUUUACUAUCUAGUUUGAGAGUUCUAAAUGUUGCCUAUGUAUUUAGUCAUCCAUCCAUCCAUCCAUCCAUCCAUCCAUCCAUCCAUCCAUCCAUCCAUCCAUCAU